CUGCGCGGCGGGCCGGCUGCCGGCGGUGGGAGGCAGGCUGCGGGGAGCCGCGUUUGGACAGACGGACGGACGGACGGACAGACGGACGGAGGGAACCGUCCUGCCGGGGCUCCGCUCCCCGCCGCGGCCGAUCGGGCGCAGAUGGGCGGCAGUGGGGCGGCGGCGGCGGCAGCGGCAGCAGCAGCGGCAGCAGCAGCAGAAGCAGCAGCACCGGAGCGGCGGAGCGGCCGGUGCUGAGCGCACCCGCGCAGCGCAGCCGCGCCAUGCGGAGCACGCCGCUGGCGGAGGGGGAGCCCUGGCCGCGCCUUUGCACCGCCGAGCUCGGGGGGCUGAGGCGGCUGCGGCGCAAACACGGCUGUAAAAGUUUCCGCGUCGAGCUGAAAGUGCUGAACGGGAGGAGGACGGGGCUCCGCGCUCACCCACCGCCACCACCGCCGCCACCAACCACCCCCGCCGCCGCCCCGCCGCCCGCCUGGGAGCCGCGCAGAACCGCGCUCGGCCCCGCCGCCAGCGCCUUCCCCGCCGUGCCGCCGCCGCCGCCACCGCCGCCGCCUCCCGCAGCCCGCCCGCCGCCGCCCCCCGCCGCCGCCUCCCCGCGCCCGCGGCCGGGAGAGGCGUCCGGCGUCUCGCCGGAGAUCAAAGCCCUGCAGCAGACGCGGCGGCUCUUGGCCAACGCCCGGGAGAGGACCCGCGUCCACACCAUCAGCGCUGCCUUCGAGGCACUGCGGAAGCAGGUUCCCUGCUAUUCUUAUGGUCAAAAGUUGUCCAAACUGGCCAUCUUGAGAAUAGCCUGUAACUAUAUCCUUUCCCUGGCCAGACUAGCAGACCUGGAUUACAGUGCUGACCACAGUAACAUGAGCUUCUCUGAAUGUGUGGAGCAGUGCACUAGGACCUUACAAGCAGAAGGAAGAUCUAAAAAAAGGAAGGAGUAAAAACCAGGAAGGGGAGAUUCAGAAGAGCUUCCAGUCAUUUACAUCUGCUCUUGGCAAAGGUUGCAUGGUCCAGAUGAAGACUGCAAGCAGCUUUUUUUGCAGAAACCCCUUUUCAAGAUGACAAUUGGCCAAGGAACUUUCUUAGUCUCUGGAAGAGAAAGAAGAAAAAGGAAAAGAAAGAAAAAAAAAAAAGGACAAGGAUGCUUCUUAUUGUUGUUAAGCCAGCCACCUUUUAGUACGUGCAAUUUAUUUAGCACUUUUCCCUUUGCUUAACUGGGAAAUGUUACCCUCUCAGCUCAUGUGUACAGUAAUUUGUUGUUGUUGUUGUUGCUGUUGUGCCAAAGAUUUGAUGGAGCUUCUACACUGUGUCUUAUUUUUGCCUUAACUUUAAAUCUUUGAGCCAAAGAAAAGGCAGAGGUGCCAUUGAGAUGGUGGCAAGCAGGGCAGCCAGCUCUCAGUGACAGAUUCAAAUUUCUGAGUCCUUCUGGGGGUCACCUCUUGUUUCUCCUGCCCUCACUUCUCUGCCUGCAGCCCUGGAGCCAGUGUUCAGUGUGGGCAAGAGCUGGGACACCACCAGAUUGUGUUUGCUCCUUUCCAUGGUUCUGCCCCUUGGGCAAUUUCCUGAUGUUCCUGCCUGUGGGACACAUCCACAGGGUAAAUGUACUGACACAAAGUGAGAGCUGAAAGAGGAGCUAUGAAUUUUAUUUUUUUAAAUAAAUAAAUACAGUUCAAUAAGCAAAAGCUAAGUGCUGUGUAAAGCAAAAAAAAAAAAAAAGUGAGUUCAGAUGGGCAGGGUGAAAUGCAGCAAAAUGAUUCAGUGGGAGUUUCAGGCUUGUGAAGUUGGUUUUUUCCAUCGGAUUUUUCAAGACAUCAGAAACCCUUGUAAUGCAAAAGCAUUUGAACUCUCUACUGUACCUUUCACUUCAAAUUGAAGUAAGAAAAAAAAAAAGAAAAAAGAAAAAAGAAAAGAUUGAGAAACAUUUGCUUGGAGUAAGCAGACUUUAUAGGUAAUGGAGCUCAUAUGCAAGACAUCUGCUAAUGAUGAGGGGACAAAACUCUGUAUUCAAGUCAAAAAAAAAAAAAGGUAUUUCCAAACCAG